CCGCGUUAUCAUCAAUAAACUUUUUUCUAAGAAUAAUUUUAUUUUGUUUGUGUCUAAGAAUAUAUCUCUUAAUAUAUCUUGGGAGAAUGUUCAAGGCUUUUAUAAGUCUGGGUUUUACAGUUUAUAUGAGCUCAAGUGAUUCUUGCAAGAUAUUAAUAUAAACUUCAUGAUGUUUUACUAAAUCAACCGUUCUUUGAAUCUUAUUUAACUUAAUAUUUAAAGCGACACAUACAAUCUGGGCUUACAAAUAACCACGAUCACGUCGGUGUCACCAAUGUAGAGGAGGGAAGGUGUACUGUUCCUCCAACCUCCCCCUCCUAGGAUCCUCGACUAGCUAACCAUUGAUUGGACGGCCCGAAGUUAGAAACAGUACACCUCCUUCACAAUUUCUUUGUCCUUUAUUUUCAUGAAAUAAAUUGUGACUGGUUAAAACAAUCCUAACUUGAAAAUGAAAUUUGCAUUACAGCUGUUUAUAUUUUUAUUAUUAUAUAUAUUUAACUAUAGGAUUUUUUGUUAUUUGACAUAUAUUGUGUUAUUAUUUCUUUGUUCCAGAGAUAUGUGGGCAUUUAUAACGGCUGUAUCUUAUUUAGUAACAACAGCAAAUUCUAUACACGUAUUUUCAGGACAGAAAAGAUAUAACUCAAUAUUUAGACCUGAAAGUAUUAUAUUUAAAUCAAAUUACACAAUAACAAAACUCUUAGUACCUGCCGAUGGCGGAUCUUACAUCGAUCACACUGAUAUACCAACGAUUUUCUUUACCGUGUAUGAUCGAAAUAUACAUGGAGAACAUUGUAUAUACGUGCUGGAAGACUUUGCUGCAUAUGAGAUCCUUGAAGGGGGCAGAGAUUCAACUUCGGAUUAUGGACUUGAUACAACAGUAUAUUUUGGUGCGAAAGACGGAGUUUAUAAGUAUGAUCCAGAAACGUUAUCGGCUAAGAAAUUUGGCGAAUUCCAUGAUGAUAUUAUUCAGAUUCAAAAGGCAAAUGGAUCAGAUCUAAUCUACUUUCUAACAUCGCAAUACAAAUUGUAUAAACUAGAAAAUAAUGGUACUAAAAAAACAAAAGUAAAUUCAAUACUUUGUGCUUUAGAAUUUGUAUUAGAUACUUCUAACAAUAUCUAUUAUUUAUCUUGUGAUGAUCGUAUGCCACGAAUUGUACAAAGUGAUGGAAAUUUACAAUCAUAUCUUUCUAGUGUAACUGAAGACUUACAAAGUGUUAAAUUUAUACGACCUGCUUUUAUAAUGGAUAGUGGUGUUCCAUUUUUUGGCGAUGGAACAUUGUAUAUGUUGUAUUCUAAUGGGACAUCUAUAAAAAAAGAUUUUUAUAUAAAAGAAACACCUACGGCUUUUAGUAUUGAUGCCGCUUUAUAUUUUGUAGCUGCUAUUGACGGAAAAAUUUAUGAGUUUAAUGUAAUGGAAGUUCUUUUAAGAAAUAUGUUUGGGGUUUCUCUUCAAUGGCCAUCAGACCUAACCAAAAUUAUCAUGUCGGUUAUAGACACAACUAAAGAGGCCUCUCAUUAAAAUAAAGAAGAC